AUGAAUCAGGGGUAUAGAGGAACAGAAUUAGCAAUUGAUAGCGCUGCAGAAAAUGGACAUCUUAAAAUAUUAAAAUAUCUUCAUAAAAACGGGUAUAAAGGAGCAGAAGAUGCAGUUAAUAAUGCUGCAAUGAAUGGACAUCUUAAAGUAUUAAAAUAUCUUCAUAAAAACGGGUAUAUAGGUACAGAAUAUGCAUUUAAUUGUGCAAUAAAUAACCAGAUAAGCGAAGCAUCAGAUAGUAACCUUGAAAUUAUUAAAUAUUUACAUAAAUUAGGGUAUAAAGCAAUUAUUCGCGCUAUAGAAAAUGGUAACCUCGAACAAGUAAAAUAUUUGCAUAAAUUAAAGUAUUAUUAUGAAGAAUUAGCAAUUAAUUAUGCUACUGAAAAUUAUGACUUUGAAUUAGAGCAACAAUUAUAUAAAUUUAAGUAUAAAUAUGAAAAAUGUGCAAUUAGUUCUGCUGCUAUAAACGGGUAUGAAUGUUAUGAUUGGACAAUUGAUUGUGUUGCUAAAAAUGGUCACCUUGAAAUAUUAAAAUAUUUACAUGAAUUAGGAUAUAAAGGGUAUAAAGGAACAAAAGAUGCAAUAGAUAAAACUGCUGAAAAUGGUUAUCUUGAAAUAUUAAAAUAUUUAUAUGAAUUUGGGUAUAAAUGUGACAAAUGUGUAUUUUAUUCUGCUGCAGAAAAUGGUCACCUUGAAGUUAAAUAUUUUGUACAUGCAUACGCAAUACCGAGAAAUUUUACUAUUGGAGUCGGAGUUGCUAUUUUGUUUAGCCACUCCGACUCCAAAGCCCUAGUACACAGAGAAAUUAUAAAAGAACACACUAUAGCAGUAUAA